GGGGAAAUCAGAGUCGGUAGGUUCCAGAUUCAAGAGCUCUGGGAGGCUGGGGACUGAUCCACGAUCCGCAAGCUACCAGAUCUGAAGAUGCUGAGGGCGCAGAGGCCAAGACUGGCCAAGCUGAGAGCCUGCCUCUCCAGAGGCCUGCACCACAAGCCGGUGAUGGCGCUCCGGAGAGAGGAUGUGAACGCCUGGGAGCGCAGGGCGCCUCUGGCUCCCAAGCACAUCAAGGGCAUCACCAAACUGGGAUACAAGGUCUUGAUACAGCCUUCCAAUAGACGGGCCAUUCACGACAAGGAGUAUGUCAGGGCCGGCGGCAUUCUUCAGGAGGACAUCACAGAAGCCUGUUUGAUUUUGGGAGUGAAAAGGCCUCCAGAGGAAAAACUGAUGUCCAAGAAGACUUAUGCCUUCUUUUCCCACACAAUAAAAGCCCAGGAAGCUAAUAUGAGCUUGUUGGAUGAGGUCCUGAAACAGGAAAUACGGCUUAUUGAUUAUGAGAAAAUGGUGGAUCACAGAGGGUCUCGAAUAGUGGCGUUCGGACAGUGGGCAGGUGUGGCAGGAAUGAUUAAUAUUUUACAUGGAAUGGGCUUAAGGCUCCUUGCUUUGGGACAUCAUACGCCGUUUAUGCAUCUUGGCAUGGCUCACAACUACAGGAACAGCAGUCAGGCCGUGCAGGCUGUCCGUGACGCUGGCUACGAAAUCUCUCUGGGGUUAAUGCCAAAGUCAAUAGGGCCCUUAACGUUUGUAUUCACGGGGACUGGCAAUGUAUCCAAGGGAGCCCAGGCAGUCUUUAAUGAGCUACCUUGUGAGUAUGUGGAGCCCCAUGAAUUAAAAGAAGUUUCAAAAACUGGAGACCUGAGGAAAGUGUAUGGGACGGUGUUAAGUCGCCAUCAUCAUCUUGUCAGGAAAACAGAUGGUGUGUACGAUCCUGUAGAAUACGAGAAAUAUCCUGAGCGCUACACAAGUCGUUUUAAUACAGAUAUUGCGCCCUAUACAACUUGUUUAAUUAAUGGGAUCUACUGGGAGCAAAACACCCCUCGCCUGCUAACACGUCAGGAUGCUCAGAGUCUCCUGGCCCCAGUGAAGUCCUCCGUUGUUCCUGUUGAAGGAUGUCCUGAAUUACCACACAAACUUGUGGCAAUAUGUGACAUUUCAGCCGACACAGGAGGGUCCAUAGAUUUUAUGACCGAGUGUACUACCAUAGAACGGCCCUUUUGCAUGUAUGACGCAGACCAGCAUAUUAUUCAUGACAGUGUUGAAGGCUCUGGGAUUCUGAUGUGUUCCAUUGACAAUUUGCCAGCUCAGCUUCCAAUUGAGGCUACAGAAUACUUUGGAGACAUGCUUUACCCGUAUGUUGAAGAGAUGUUGUUAUCAGAUGCGUCACAGCCUCUGGAAAGCCAGAACUUUUCUCCAGUGGUGCGAGAUGCAGUGAUUACGUCCAAUGGUCUAUUGACUGACAAAUACAAGUACAUACAGAAACUCCGAGAAAGCAGAGAACGAAUUCAAUUCCUUUCAAUGAGUACCAAGAAGAAGAAGGUUUUGGUUCUUGGGUCUGGCUACGUAUCUGGACCUGUUUUGGAGUAUCUGUCAAGAGACAAAAAUAUAGAAAUAACACUAGGCUCCGACAUGACAAACCAAAUGCAACAGCUGAGCAAGAAAUACAAUAUUAACCCUGUCAGUGUGACUGUUGGCAAGCAGGAAGCAAAGCUGCAGUCCCUGGUAGAAUCCCAGGAUCUUGUCAUCAGCUUGUUGCCCUAUGCGCUGCAUCCAGUUGUGGCCAAGGCCUGCAUCGAAAGCAAGGUUAAUAUGGUCACUGCAAGCUACAUCACACCAGCCAUGAAAGAACUGGAAAAGAGUGUGGAUGACGCUGGCAUCGCAGUCAUUGGUGAAUUGGGAUUAGAUCCUGGUCUUGAUCACAUGUUGGCAAUGGAAACAAUCGAUAGAGCCAAAGAACUGGGAGCCAAGAUUGAGUCUUAUGUUUCCUACUGUGGUGGCCUUCCUGCCCCUGAGCAUUCAGAUAAUCCCUUGCGAUAUAAAUUCAGCUGGAGUCCAGUGGGAGUCUUGAUGAACAUAAUGCAGCCUGCUAGCUAUCUGCUCAACGGAAAGGUUGUGAAUGUGACAGGGGGAGUCUCUUUUCUCAACUCUGUUACACCCAUGGAUUACUUCCCAGGACUAAACUUGGAAGGGUAUCCUAACAGAGAUAGCACAAAAUAUGCCGAGAUUUAUGGAAUUUCAUCUGCCCAUACAUUGUUAAGGGGAACACUGAGGUAUAAGGGAUAUUCCAAAGCUUUGAAUGGAUUUGUGAAGUUGGGACUCAUCAACAGAGAAGCAUAUCCUGCCCUCCAACCUGAGGCCAACCCGCUCACCUGGAAACAGCUGCUUUGUGACCUAGUUGGGAUUUCCCGCUCCUCCUCAUGUGAGAAGCUUAAGGAAGUUGUCUUUACAAAGUUGGAAGGGGACAACACCCAGCUGGAAGCUGCCGAAUGGUUGGGCUUACUCGGGGAUGAGCAAGUCCCUCAGGCGGAGUCCAUUGUGGAUGCAUUCUCCAAGCACUUGGUCUCAAAACUCUCCUAUGGCCCCGAAGAAAAGGAUAUGAUUGUGAUGAGGGACACCUUUGGCAUCAGACAUCCAUCUGGACAUUUAGAAAAUAAGACCAUUGAUCUCGUGGUUUAUGGAGACUUCAAUGGUUUUUCGGCAAUGGCUAAAACUGUGGGGUUACCCACAGCCAUGGCAGCCAAAAUGUUACUUGAUGGUGAAAUUGAAGCCAAAGGCCUAAUGGGGCCAUUUACAAAGGAGAUCUACGGGCCAAUAUUGGAGCGGAUUAAAGCAGAAGGCAUUGUAUUUAACACACAGAGCACAAUCAAGCUAUAAAUGGGGAUUUAUUUUCCUAGACACCACAACUGUUACCUUGUGUGUGACAAACAUGCUUGCUGAUGUGCUAAAGCAUGAAGCAUGAUAUGUUUUGAGUACGUUCAUGCAACGGUGUUUUUUAAAUUCAAAUCUCUAUUUUAGUAAAGCCUUUGGAGUAGAAGAUUUCAGACAUUACAGAAACCUUUAAUAAGUCUCCUGUGUAUUUUUGUGUGUGUAUGUAAAGGUGAUAAUGAUCAUAGUUUGUUAAUUUAUUGUGCUUCCUUUUUCCUGAGAACGUAUCAUCAAUAAAUGCAGUUGUACUAUUUCUUUUCCCAGAAAAAAAACAACUUCGCGUAGUUAUAUUUUUGUAUUUUUCAAAUUUAUUCUGCUACAUACC